AUGGAGAUGGAGGAGGAAAUUGUGGUUGUGGUGGCCACGGUGCAGACGUACGACCGCUACGUGCGGCCGCCCGAGCCCGUCGUGGACUACCGCACGCGCUGGAGCGGCGUCACCCGGCGGCACCUGAAGGGCGCCAUUCCCUUCAGGGCGGCCCGCGCAGAGAUCCUGAAGAUCUUGAAAGACAAGAUUGUGGUGGGACACGCCAUCCACAAUGACUUCCAGGCUCUCAAGUACUUCCAUCCAAAGGAGAGGACCCGAGACACAAGCUGCAUCCCUUUGCUGAACCAGAAGGCAGGAAUACCUGUCAAAGCCAAUGCUUCUCUCAAGAGCUUGGCCAAGCAUCUGCUCCACAAAAAUAUCCAGGUCGGCUGCAAAGGGCACUCGUCAGUGGAGGAUGCGCAGACGACCAUGGAGCUCUACAGACUGGUGGAGGUGGAGUGGGAGGAGGAGCUGGCCAGCAGCCUGCCCCCCAGGCCCCCCAGUCCCCCCAGUCCUGUCGCAGACAGUGCCCAGUACAUGGAUGACCGGUACUGGCCUGCAGACCUCAAUGUGGACAACCUGUGAUGGGCAACAGCCUCUCUGCAGGUUUGAGACGUCCUGGUGGCCUCAACCGCCAGGAGCAGAGGUGGCUGCAGGUGCCCACGUCGUGGUCUGUGGGGUGCUUCCCUCCCCCAGGGUUUGUACCUCUGCUGCAGUGUCUCAGUGUGGAUGGUGACGUGGUUGGUGCCGUCACCCAGCCCGUGCUGAGGGAAGCGCAGGUGGCAGCGCCAAGGGCGUCCCGCUUCUCGGCACUGCCAGCUCAGUGGGAGCGUUUGCUGAUGGAAGACGAUGGCACUUGGAAACACUCGUGGCCUUUUGGCCUUCUAGAGCCUUCCCCAAGUGCUAUAAGGGGAAGUGCUGUGUGGGGAGGUUCCCUUCCUUGCACUUAGUGGUGUGUUACCCCACCGCCCCCAGCUGGGAUCAGGCAGGAUGGAGCACCCCCAGCCUCGGGGCAUGGUGGGCUCCUGUGCACCCUGUCUGUCCUGUGCCAGCCCUUCUCUCGGGCUCCUGGCUGUGCCAGGCUGCAGGCUUGGGGGCAGGGAGCCUUGAGCCUCCUCUGGGAGGAGGAGGAGGCAGAGCCCUGCAGCUCCCUGCUGCCAGGGGCUCCAGACAUCUUGGAAUAGGAUAUCAGGGGACCAACAUACGGUGGCUUCUCAGAGGGUAGGAGGAGUAGCCCUCCAUGGUGGUGGGCAAGUGACUAUUGCUGCUAAUUUCCUACCUCUUCCCUGAAUCUUUGGUGAUGAGCAGGACCCCGAUGUGGCCCUCUUAAAUGGUCAGAAGGAAAAGCAGUGUUUCCUUCUCGCUGCCACCACUUGGGGCAGUUGCAGAACUGUGCAAGAAUUCAGGUUGUCAACGACUUGUGAGUCCAUAAUGUACCUCACA